AUGGAUACGUUGCCGCCAGAGCUGAUCAUCAGCAUACUGGAGUGGGCUUACUAUGAUGCUGGUGCUCUGGCACAGCCGAUGGCUGAGCACAUAAACCUUAGAACUCUCAAGGCGUGUUCUCUCGUGUCACCCUCAUGGAGAGAGCCGUCGCAGCAAUUACUCUUCCGUUCUGUCCAGUUUGGACACGGCGACUUUGGACAGGCGAUCGAAAGCUUCUACUACGCGACUGACCCGUCGACCGGGCGCGGCCGCAGGCUGGGCAGCUUCGUGCGCACUGUCGACAUGCUGGUGGGGCACCUGAACGUUCCUCAUCACACCGUCAGGGGUUUUCCCAUGGUGCUGUCGCGAUGCAGCCGACUCUACGAAGUCGUUAUCCGUGUCUCCGGAAUCCACGAGUUUGACGAGGAGACGAUGAGCGAGCUCCGGUGUCUUGCCAAUGGUCGAUCCGCGAUCCACAUACAGGCGCUGAGCAUCCUACUGUGCGGUAUCCAAUCUCCCAUUCUCUUCCAACUCCUCGGUGUAUGGCCUACUGUGCGAUUCCUCAGGAUAGGCACGGAGCUCAAUGCUACUCCCCCUGCCCGUUCUUCCAAUCUUAAGCUCUACGAACUUAUCCUGCAUCGCAAUCCGUCUCCUGAAAUUGCGCGCUGGCUGUUGUCCAAUCCGGAGACAGACCUGCAGAUCGCCGAGUUCCGAGACGUCCCGGGGCCUAAGUGGGACGACCUGCUCGCGGAGCACGGGGCGCGUCUCCGCUCGCUUCGUCUGACUCGGUACAGCGCGCAUGCACAGGCCGUUCUCAGGCACUGUCCCAACCUGGAGGAAGCUGUGUUCUACCAAGUGUCGCCCUUCCCCCAGCUAGUCGGGCUUCCAUCGUCGCUCGAGCAUCUGGGUUUCCGCAACCCUGUAUGGAGCUCCAGCCCGUCGCUUCGCUCCAUCAUCUCCGUCAUCGACACCCUUCCUAGACUACGCAUUGUGACUUGCGAUGCUGCCACGGAGACACAUCCGGAUUUUGCCCUGCUGCAGAGGAAAUGCGAGAAGAGAGGCAUUGAACUGUGUACUGACGCGCUGCCCGUGUGGACGAGAGAAGAUCCUGUACCUGUUCGCCACUUUCCGAGACGCAAAUCGGUUUCGAAUUUUGCGUUCAUGAACUGA